UAAAAAUUUGAAAAAAAAAAAUUUGUAAAAGCAAAGAGAAAGUGAAACAAGAUGCCUUGUUGUUGUUGCAUGUAUUUGCAGUAUUUGUCUCUCAAAUUGGAAGAAAUAAAAAUAAAAAUGGCUGUUGGCCUGUUGCACAGUACAAAUUUUCUGACUUUUCUCUUUCUUUAUAAUUUAACAUUUUCACCCCCUUUUUUAAAUUCCCUAAAAAUUUCUCACCUUCCCUUCUGUACUGCUCUCCCUCUCCGCCUAAACGUCUUUGAAGUUUCCAUUUUUACUUCCUAUUUAUUAAGUUUCAUUUCCAUGUGUUGCCGUGUUUGUGUUGAGUUGUUAACAUAGUUGAGAGUUUUCAAGCUGUGCAGUUGAAGCUAAAGGCAUAGUCGUUAAGCUUUUUAGAUCUCUCUCUCUUCCUCCUCCUCUUCUUUCUUCACAAAUUUCUUUAUGCUUUAGGUCUGUUUCUUUUGGUAUUUUUCCUGCUGGGAAUUUUCUUCAACUUUGGUUUCUUAAUCUCAUACUCUUUGCAGAUCGGUGAAGAAUUCAAGUGAAAUUUUUCUUGUUUAUAAAGAAUAGAGGUAGAGACACAAGGUGCGAUCCAGCAGAGCAUAAUUACUGGUUGUGAAGAGAUGAGAACCUCAGUUUCAGACAUGAGGGACUAUGUUGUUUGUCCUAAACCGCGCCGUCUUGGUGUCCUUCACUCAACCUUCAACGACCCUCAGCCCGUUCGCUCUCUCAGAUGGAGCCUGAGCCAUCAAUCAGAGGCGUUGGAUUCAAGAGCAGCAUCUGAUCUUUUUGACAUCAUAAUCCCAAAGUUUGCAGGUGUUUACAAAAGCUUUCAGACUAUUACACCCAACGAGGAUUUUUGGUGCAUGGUUGCGAAAAGAAAGCAGAAUAUAAUCAUGGAGGAAAGAGAGUAUUCAUGGAUGUAUCAAUAUCUUAUGCAAUUGUUAUUGCUGAUGCACCAAAGAAAUAUUAGUCAAGGUUCUUCUUAUUUAUCAACUACAACUGAAAAGAAACAUCUUCAUUCAUCAAGGUCAAUAAAAGGGAAGGGAAUAGCAAUUCAUGGACCUCAUUUGUUUGAUUCUAUAGAGAAUGCAGAAGAUUAUGAAAGAUUUGAAAAAGAUGCCAGUGAGUGGGAAGAUAUAAUGUCUAAAAGGAAAUCUAGCUCACAUAGUCUUCUAGUUAUCCCACCUAACAAGAAAAAAAGACCUAUGUUAUUUGGGAAUGUUUUCCUGAAGACAUGAUUAUAAUAGUAAGGGAUGCACAAUUUGUUAUAUGUAAGUUUUGUAACAAAAGCUUAAAACUAUAGAAGACAUAUUCAACAACACACCUUUGUUAUCAUAUGGGACAAUGUGUCAAGCAAAAGAAGGCAAUGGGAAAACAGAGUUCUUCAAAGGGACAAAUAUUGUUAAACUUUCAACUAACAGAAGGAAAUUGCCUAGGCCCCUUACUCCACCCAUCAUGAGACCGAACGCAAAAUAUAAUCACGAUAUGGUAUGUCUUAAAUAUUUAAGUAACUUGUUUGGUUAUUUUUUAUCAAUUUCAUACUAAUUUGUGUAAAAAUAAUUAACUAUUAUUGUGAUUCAAUAUACAAUCCGCAAGGCAUUGGCUCA